GUCCAAAAAUUAUUCCCUGGUGACAGACAGCGAACAUCGGAACUCAAAUGUGUAUUAUAUGGUAGGACAGUGCCACAUCCUCUAUCCUUGCGCGAUGGAAGUAUGUGAUGGUCAAGUGCUGCCAGUAGAGGCUGUGAGCGUCAGCGGACCGUAUCGGAGUCGUGAAGGUUCGCGGUUCUGUGGUAUCGAAGCGUUCUUUACAUAUAUAAGCGGUUUCACACCUCCAAGUCGUCGCACGGCCGUCCAUCCUACUCUUAUUCCCGAGUCUCACCGACAUCCUCUGCGUCAUUUUCAACCUCCAUUUUGACACACUACGUCUCGCACACAUUGAAUCCACUUCCGUCCGAUCCUACCAUGGCCGCUCCACUAGGCGCCAAUCCAGCCCCGCCAAUUAAUAUCCCUCAGUUUCAGCUUCCGCCCGAGGUCUGCGAGCGCAUCAUCGACCAUCUCGAUCCGUACCUUUUGAAAGGGAAUGACGACAGACAGACUCUGUUGAACUGCGCCCUCGUUUGCCGAGGGUGGUACACCGAAAGCCGCGCGGUCCUUUUCGAGAAGCCCUUGCUCCGCAGUCGCAAAGAGGCAGUCGCCUGUGCGAGGUCACUGACGCGGAUUCCUCUCCUCGCCAGCGGUGUACAAUUGUUACAGAUCGGGCGGAGUCAGUCAGAUCCGGAGAUCGUUACUACGGCGCCAGAGUUGGCAUCGAUUCUCGUAAUGCUGGCAGGGAAACUUCCAUACCUGGAGUCGCUCGAGUUCGAUCUCGUCAGCUUCGAGCACUGCUUCAUGCGCCAUUUGGCAUUUUGGAGUUUGCACGAAUUCAGUCAUAUCACAUCAUUGUGCCUAAGCAAUGUGACGAUGCCAUCGGCGAGCCCCUUCUUUCAGGUCGUCUGUUCGUUUCCUCAUCUGCAGUACCUUUCUUGCUGGGAUCUGCACUGGAGCAAAUCGAGGUCCAUGGCUCCACUACCUGAACGCCACCGCAUGCCUUUGACGAAAGUGACUCGCCUUGGCUAUGACAUGUCGUGCUUCGAAGAUAUUGGACACCAUCUUCUCGGUCUGCUGGAUCAAGCUAUCCUCAAAGAACUUCAGCUACAUCCAAAUGUCUCUGCGGCAACUCUCGCUUCGACUCAAGACAUUCUGAACAUAGUCAGCAGAAGACUCGAGGAGGCAGAUGUCGGCUUGUGGGCAAGAAAGCAGGACAGUGCUGAUGGCAAUUUACAGUCUUUGCUCUUGCACCCUAUCAAUUUUGAAGCAAACGUAAAUAUGCAGGGACUGAAACUGUGUAUCAUCAUUUCAGAAAUGAAUGAUGUUGCACUGUUUGUCCGGAGUGUGCUGCUGCCUCUGUUACACACAAUAUCAUCAAACGAUCUCAAAGAUGUCUGUUUUCGAAUACAAUGCGAUUCGGAACUGGAAACCGGCGAUGCCCUGCUUAAUGCAUUUGACCAAGAGGCCUGUGUUCAGAUCGACGAGCUUUUGGCUGAGGGACAUUUUGCCAAGCUGCGAGACGUCUCCAUAGUUUUCUAUCUAGGCAUCACUGCGUCGGACAGUGACUCAGCGUCGGAUGACUCACAGUGGAUUAACGUUUGCACAGAGAUUUGUGCCCGCUUUCCUAAACUGAGUGACAAAAACGUGUUGAUUACUCGUUAUAACCAGCACCAAUUCCCAAGUGAUGCUGAGAGAGAAUUGAAGGCGAAACAACUGGCGAAUAAGCAGCCUCGUCCAACCGAACAAGCCGCCGCAUAGUCAAUUACCGCAUUUGUAGUCACGCCAUCUCACCUUCGCUUUCCUCUCCAAGUAAACUUGGACAUGUAGA